CUCGCUGCCCAACAUGCCUCGCGCAGCAAAGCCCUCAGGCAAAUCGCGGCACGAUCCCCUAUACGUACAGCUUGGAGAGGACGAGCACGUUGCAAAGUAUGGCAAGGUAGCCCGCCCAGGAAAGCGGAGAAAAUCCCAUGCCGGACAGGAUGAUGAUGGAGAGGCAGGAGAGGUCAUACUCGAUCCGAAGACGUCGCGGAAGAUCUUUGAGCUAGCCCGAGACCAGCAGGAAGAAUUAGAAGAGGAUGAGGAAGACGAGGAGCUGGAGGAGCAGAACAAGCCCAGCUUCACUCUCGCUCGUACGCAGCGAAAUGAAGAGGAUGAAGAGGAUGACCUAGUGGAAGAAGAAGAGUACGAGGAAGAAGAAGUAGAGGAAAUCGAAGUGGACGAGGGGGAUCUGCGUACCCUAGAUGCUCUAUUGCCCGCUAAUGCUGGCGAACGAAGGACGUUAGCAGAUAUUAUCUUCUCGAAACUCGAGGAUGGGGACCAAGAGAAGACGACUUCUAUCCAGAAAACUCACAGAGACCCUGGCCAACCUCCAGAUCCUGCGGCAGGCCUGAACCCCAAAGUCGUUGAACUUUACACGAAAGUUGGUCUUGUUCUUUCAAGAUACAAGUCUGGGCCCCUUCCGAAACCCUUCAAAAUCGUCCCCUCACUUCCCGCAUGGGCCCGCAUGCUUGCACUUACGCAUCCCGAGAACUGGUCGCCUCAAGCAUGCCACGCCGCAACACGGAUAUUUGUCUCGCAAAUGAAGCCAAAUCAGGCUCGUGUUUUUCUUGAGGGUGUCCUGCUCGACGCGAUCAGGGAAGACAUCCGCCUGACCAAGGAAGGCCAGCGGAAGCACAAGAACAGCCGCAAGCUGAAUGUGCACUACUAUGAGUCUCUCAAGCGUGCGCUAUACAAGCCUGCAGCGUUCUUCAAAGGAAUCGUUUUCCCUCUCUUGCAGAACGGCUGUACACUGCAGGAGGCGGCGAUUAUCGCGUCUGUCCUAGCAAAAGUUAAGGUCCCGCUCCUUCAUUCUUCGGCUGCCCUCAUCCGCCUUGCCAAUAUGGAGUAUUCUGGGCCCAACUCCCUCUUCAUCCGUAUCCUCCUCGACAAAAAGCACGCCCUGCCGUACAAGGUCGUCGACGCUCUUGUAUUCCACUUCAUCCGCCUCUCGAAUACCUACAAAGCGAAGCUUGGCGACUCAGAGAAACUCCCUGUGCUCUGGCACCAGAGUUUACUCGUCUUUUGUCAGAGAUACGCCUCUGAUCUCACCCCGGAUCAAAAGGACGCACUACUCGAUGUCGUACGGGCAAACCCCCAUCCUCAGAUCAGUCCCGAGGUCCGUCGGGAGCUGAUUAGUUCUGUCGUCCGUGGUGCGCCACGACCAGAUGUAGACAACGACGUCGAUAUGGGUUGAGCUUCUCGGGGUUCGCUGUAUUUUUAUCACGCGCGUAGUUCAUCUGGGAUAGAUGGUGUAUGGGACAUACAAUACUCUUAGGUCUCUGCAUUUCUCUCAUUGGAUUCGCUCGCUAUAGAGUAUGUAACCUCGGGAGAAUGUAUAAGAAUCCAGAGUACUUUUGGAUGUAGCCGUCUACGCUGCUUUUUUCUUCUUAUGCCUGUGACCUUUGUCGUCGCCUGUCGUCGCCUGUCGGCGCAGCCUUGAUUGCCCCGAGAAUAUCUUUCAGAUCCUUGUCCAUCAUAUUAUCGUCGCUUUUCUUGCGCUUCUUGUCCCUACUCUCCUUCCCAUCCUUUGCCUUGUCCUCUCUGUCUGCAGCCGGCGCCUCAGGCCCAAGGCCCGCCUUCUUGACCUUCUUGCCGAGCUUCUCCUGGAAGAGCUGGUCGAUCUCGUUCUCGACACGGCUCUUGCGUUUCUUCGACAGCUUCCCGGCCUCUAGUGGCUUGCCAGGUUCCGGCAUCGCCCUGGCCGAGUGCACGGCAGGCUUGCUCGGAGGCAUGGGCGACGCAACACGUGCGGGUGUCAUCGAUGGUGUCAUAACGGGCGUCGGCGCAUUGGAUGUCGAGCGAUUAUUCACCUGCAGGUUCUUCCAUUGCUCUGGAUCGCGCUGGAGGAGGUAGAUGUUCAAUCGCCGUGCGAAGAAUUUGCCGUAGAAGGACGCCGCGAGUUCGCGUUCGUAGCGGGCCAGCGAGCGGGCAAUCUUUUCUUUGAGAUAGGUGUCUGCAAAGGCCCAGCAAUUGUCACCGACACGACUGCCUAUCCGGUCGUCG